GGUGAGGAAAAGCAGUUAAGUCUGGAAACUUCCAUAAAAAUGCAUGGUGGGCCUGGGCUCACCGCCACGGCGUGGGCGAAAAGUAGCCGGCAAAAAAAUGGUUAACGCCGGCCUCCUCGGGAGGGAGGCCGUCCAGCAGAGCACAAUGGGCGGCCCUGGGAAGCCUAUAAAGCCAGCGGUGCCUCCGAGAGUCCGCAGCAAUGACGGGCGUUCUGGCCGGUCGGCCUCGUGCCCCAGGCAGGCGUCCCCUUGCAGGACCACCGCUCCGGCAUUCUUCGACGGGGGGAAGCGAGGCCAGAAUCCCCGCCACCCGAGGGAGAGUCUCGGCCGCACCUCCAGCCUGCCGGGAGUGCCCCCGCCGAGGCCGGCCGACAAGCCCUCCCAGGGACACGAGAAGGGCCUGCGCGGAGCCGGCCUGGGCCGGGGUGGCCGGCUGCAUCGCAGGUGUGCGGGCGGUGAGCGCCACCCGGCGGGCCUGACCGCCGCGGCCGCCGCCCCCCAGGGGCCCAGGCGAGGCGCCGCCCGUGGCGUGGACAUGGAGGGCCUUUUCCGGCUGCCCGGCUGCCCGCGGGACAGACCCGCGCCGCCUCCAGCGCUGCCCGGGAGGGGUUCGGAGUUUGCCAACGCCCGGCUCCCUUCACGGAGCAUCGCCUGUCUUUCCGGAGACGGACUGACUGUGCGCGUCGGGCCUCUGUGAGCCGUGCGGCAGACCUGGACGGCUGUGCCCCCGGGGACGCGGGCGAGACACGCCCCCGGCGCCCGUCUCUGGCAUGGAGACGCACGCGGCCGCUCACGGCGGCACCUCCCCGGCGCUCAACCUGUCCCGCCCGCUCCCCGGCAGCGUCCUGGCCAACCGGACGGGCGAGCUCUCCGAGCACCAGCAGUACGUGAUCGGGCUUUUCCUGUCCUGCCUGUACACCAUCUUCCUCUUCCCCAUCGGCUUCGUGGGGAACAUCCUGAUACUGGUGGUGAACAUCAGCUUCCGGGAGAAGAUGAGCAUCCCCGACUUGUACUUCAUCAACCUGGCGGCGGCCGACCUCAUCCUGGUGGCCGACUCCCUGAUCGAGGUGUUCAACCUGGACGAGCAGUACUACGACAUCGCCGCGCUGUGCACCUUCAUGUCCCUCUUCCUGCAGAUCAACAUGUACGGCAGCGUCUUCUUCCUCACGUGGAUGAGCUUCGACCGCUACCUCGCCCUGGCCAAGGCCGUGCGCUCCGGCCCGUUCCGCACCAAGCACCACGCCCGGCUGAGCUGCGGCCUCAUCUGGAUGGCCUCCGUCUCCGCCACGCUGGUGCCCUUCAGCGCGGUGCACCUGCAGCACACGGACGAGGUCUGCUUCUGCUUCGCGGACGUCAAGGAGAUCCAGUGGCUCGAGGUCACCCUGGGCUUCGUCGUCCCCUUCGCCAUCAUCGGCCUGUGCUACUCGCUCAUCGUCCGGGUCCUCGUCAAGGCUCACAGGCACCGAGGCCUGCGCCCCCGGAGGCAGAAGGCGCUCCGCAUGAUCUUCGCCGUGGUCCUCGUCUUCUUCAUCUGCUGGCUGCCCGAGAACGUGUUCAUCAGCGUUCACCUGCUGCAGCGCACGCAGCCCGGAGCCGCUCCCUGCCGGCAGUCCCUCCGCCACGCCUACCCCCUGGCCGGCCACAUCGUCAACCUCGCGGCUUUCUCCAACAGCUGCCUGAACCCCCUCAUCUACGGCCUCCUGGGGGAGACCUUCAGGGACAAACUGAGGCUGUACAUCGAGCAGAAAACCAGCGUGUCGGCCCUGAACCGCCUCUGCCACGCCGCCCUGAAGGCAGUCGUGCCGGAGAGCGCCGAUCAGUCGGACGGGAAGUUCAGCAGCGCGGUGUAGGGCCGGCGGAGCCGG